GAAACACUUCAGCGGACGAAACGUUCCGCCCUCCAGGCAAUCGUUAAGAGAGAUUGAGAAAAUGGCAUAGAGAUCAUGAAAACGUGUGGUUUUAUUUACUAAUUUACACAGAAAUGUCCUCAAAACAUUUUAUAUAGGCUACACAACAUCAUGGCUAGAGGAUUUACUGACUGUCACUGUCACCUGCCAGCAAAUGAGUUUACACAGGCUGGAGUGAGAGCUCUAGUGGCAGUUACAGAGGGAUCCAGUUUGAGAAAGAUAUUCACCUGUCAAAAAGCUAUCCUGGGUUUGUGUUCUCUUGUUUUGGGAUUCAUCCCCUUCAGGGAUCAGGGCAAGACUUGCAUAGUGUCAAGAUUCAGGAGCUGGAGCCAUUCCUUCCCUUGUUCCCAAAAUACACAGAUGAUUUUGUGGCAGUCGGGGAGGUAA